GACUUGGUUGUCCGGGGCAACAGCAGCUCGGUCCUCCCCUGGUUCUUCUUCUGAAUUACUGCAGGCGGACACAGUAGAGUACAAGUCGCAGUACUUGUAUGUCGCUGUGUCUUAGCGAGUCCCUCCCUGGCCGAAGACGUGGUAUCAGUUUGUCGCCGCGGGUGUGAUGGAACUGGACAAAAUGGACGAAAACGACUGGAAGUAUCACGGAGAGGGGAACAAGAGCUUGGUGGUCUCACACGUACAGCUUCCCAGAGUUUUACGUCUGCUCAAAUAUCCGGCCGAGGACUCUGAAAACCCACCGCAGACAGCUGAGCAGGCCUUCAGGCAGAUCCAGAACAUUGUUGACUUCAGCUCGAAUGUUAUGAGCAGCCUGUUGGGGGAGAAGUUCAUCCACAGCGGGGAAGUUGUUAAGCUGCCUUUGGAGUUUGUGCGACAACUGUCAAUCAAAGUUCAACAACAGAGACCAGCCUGGCGUUGUGAUAAAGUGAUGGACAUCUACAGCGGCUGUGCGCUGUGUCUGCCCGACCUGACAUCUCCAACCCUCCGCCAGCUGACACACACUCCUCCCAUCUGCAUCGAGAUCAAGCCUAAAUGUGGCUUCCUGCCGUCCCCAAAACACGUUAGCAAAGACAUCAAGACCAAAGUGUGUCGCUUCUGCAUGCACCAACACUACAAGGUGGCCAAUGGGAAGUGGAAGAGACACAGUCUGUACUGUCCUCUGGACCUGUUCUCAGGGAACAGACAGAGAAUGCACUUUGCCAUCAGACACCUGAUAGAAGAACCUCAGAACAACUUCAAAAUAUUCAAGGGUGGUCAGUGUAUCUUCAGCAGUAAGGAGGGCAGUGACGACUCUGUGGACCUGACCUCUCUGCUGCAUCAUCUUAGACCUUACUUCCUCUACGGAAACAAUCGAAUCAAUAGUCACAUCCCCAGCAAGGCCGUACUGAACGACUUCAUCCAGGUUCUGGUGAACGCACUCCUGAGUGGAGGAGGAGGAGGUGGAGAGGACGGAGGGAUGGUGACGGACAGACGAGGAGAAGGACGGAGCUUCUGUGAAGCGAGUGUCUUCAACAAGGAGAGGAUUCGUCACGGUUCUCAGGGUUUACCCAGCGACAGUGUUUUGUCCAGGAUCCUUCAGACUCAGAUGUUGGACACUCUGGACAUUGAGGGACUUUAUCCUCUUUACCGGAGAGUAGAGCAACACCUACACGACUUCCCCAAGGAGAGGACACGUCUGCAGAUAGAUGGACCGUACAACGAGGCCUUCCUGGAGAAGAUGCAGAAAUGUUCGGCCGAGGAUGACGGCUCCGUGGAGUACGCUGCAGCCAAGGUCCAUCAGUAUCGCGUUGCCAUGACAGCCAAGGACUGCUCCAUCAUGAUCGCCCUCGUGCCAAGCAGUGAGGAAGAAGAUGAUGAUGAGGGUCAGAGGCGGCUCAGGGACUUCAGACCUCCUGCUUUCUCCUAUUCCGUCUCCAUCUUGGAUUUGGACCCUAAGCCGUACGACAGCAUCCCCCGCCAGCUGCGUCUGGACCAGAAGAUCGUCUCCUGCUACCUGAAGACUGGUGGUGCCUUGCCCAAGGCCUCUCUGUCGCCGUACCCCGGUAUCUUCGCGGCCGCAGAGAGGGAGGACUGCACGCUGGUCUUCCACGCGAUGUGACCGUCCGGGUCCAGAGGAGAUGACACAGCUGUUUGUCCUGCUGCGGCACUUUCUCUUCGUGCAGACGGGCGUCAGCUCUGGCUGCUGCUCAGCAACAAUUAAAAUCCAAGCGACUUUCAUCAGCUAUGUUACUCACUCAAGAGCAUUUGUGUCGUCAUGGCAACCCGACUUCUCACCCUGGCCUCGAGGAGGAGGCCGAAACCACCGCCGCUCUGUGUUGUAUUUAUUAGGAAAACUCACAGGAAGCUCUGUUGUCUCCUUUUGGCGACAACGAUUUGGCACCGACUUCCUGGUCUGACCCUAGUCGGUCACCAUGGCAACGCUUCAAAAGCUUGAAAGAGGGAAGAAGAAAGUAGAGGUGGAGGUGAUGAGAGACGGGCCGGGUGUGGAGCUGUGCUGACGUAUGUUGUCUCCUGAAUGUGGGCGUGGCCUGUCGGUGUCCUCCGGGGUCACCGUGGUAACAGAAGUGCUUGUUGUCUUCUCUGCGGCCACAGAGACGCAGCGAAGGCAACACGAAGGAUCUGAUGAGUGAUUCAGAAACCAAUGAGGCGACGCAACGUUUCAUGAUCUUUGUGGCAAACUCUCGUCAGGAUCAGGUCAAACUGUGACUUUAUUCUGUUUCAUCGGGGAGUUGAGUGUCAUUAAAGGAUCAGUUCACCCAAAUAAAGAGGAAAAAUAGUGCCACCAGUCCAGCAGAAAGUUUUGGGAGCUUCAUGUCUCUGCUCCAAUGAUAAUAUUAAACACCUGUUAGUCGUCAGGAAACACUGGAGACGUUAAAGUCACGGUUUCUGAAAAGAGGUUGAAUUAAUAUUUAUUUUUUAACACCGAGUUCUGCUUCAUUGUGUUGAGUUUCUGAGGCAGAAAUCUUUAACCUGAACAAAUGCUGCUGCUUCAAAUUAAGCUCAGUUGCAACAUAGGGAGUCUGUUCACUUCACGUAGGAAGCUAAUACCUUUAAAUGUGGAUCAAAGGCUGCAUUCAGCCAACGAAGGAGAUGUAUCAAACUUAAGAUGGAACAAAUGCAAACUUCACCACUAAAUGACAAUAUAGUUCAUCUGCUACAUGUUGAUGUCAGUGACUGCGUCACACCUUGUGAAUACCACAAGAGGGCGCCGUUCAGUAAACAUGUAAACAUGACUGGGUUUGAAGGCAGCAAUAAGACGUCUGAUGGGACUAUAGGGAGGGGAGGAAACAUGAAAGUAAACAUUUAAUCCACUAUGACAGCUGGACAUAAACAUCACUUCCUGUUGACACUGUCAGUGUUUAUUUAAGUUAAUGAUACUGGAAGUGCUCAGAUCAUGUCUCCACACUGAGCUUCAUGUAUCAUUAUUAUUAUUAUUAUUAUGUAUUAAAUUACAAAUAAUUUCAAGUAUUAUUUAUAACAGCUGUUUCACUGGAGUGUGGUAAACUGACCCUUUAAUGUUCAGCUGUGACCUCUGACCUUCUUCAACGUAAACCCUGCUCUUGUUUUGAAGAGAGACGCGUCUCUUAAACUCUUAUCGUUCUCAGAGGUCAUCUAACAUUCCUCUUCUCACUAACGUGGUGAUAACAUAGUUUUCUAAACGGUACGGUUUCAUUUGGCCUCAGUUCUCCGACGGUUCGCUCCGUCUCUCGUGGGCCACGAGUCGGGAUCCACCACCUUGAAUCAAACUGAAUUGCUGAGAGGUCAUCACUACAUCACUAACUUUCACUGAAUCAUUCCUCCGUCGUCCCGAGAGGCGCGCGGAGCGACCGUCGGUGAACUGAGGACCGAACGCGGCCGUACGUCUGGUUGAGAUUAAAGAGCGAUUAAAAUGUGACUGACUCACCGGAGAAAGGGCUGCUGGGUAACAGACGAGUCGUCUUCAGACGGACCGGGCUUCAUGCUGCUGCUCUGCUGGUUCUCGUGCCAUAAGUGGCUUGUUUGUGGUCGUUUGUGUCGUGCGUUUGUUCAUGUGCCUAAAUGUUGUGGUGGGACUGGAGGGCGGGUUGGUGCGCGUGCGUUGAGAUAACUCACUUUGUUACAGGCUGCGUUCAGAUCAGCGUCUGAGCUGCUGUGGACGCAGCGUGAACUCUCGGUACCUCAAACUCCUCACGACCCAAACGGGAGCUCGACCGGCUCCACUGAUGUUUGGAAACAAAAAAAAAAAAAAAAAAAAACAAACAAAUGAUGCAUUCAGGAGCGCUGGGAGGUUUCUGGGGAUGGGGGCGUCCUCCUGAACCAGCAGCACUGAUGAAGGCUUUAGAUUAACUGGUAACACUUGACUUCAGUUCCUGUUUACAGCGUCCGCUCUCCAACCUCCUCCACCAGCCAAUCAGACGUCUGGAAACUAAUGACACUACACAACCCAAAGAGAAAAAAUCCUCCACACUCCAUUUCAAUCUGAUCUCCCGUCAUCAGACGUGUCGUCUGGAGCUGAUGUGAUCCGUUAAAUCCGAACACUAAAAAAAAAAAAAAAAAGUUGAAUACGGUUUGAAGACGCCUUCAUGAAGAGCUCUGUAGAGGACGGACUUUAACGACCACAUCAGCCACAGUGGACGUCUGGCACAGGGAGGAGUGAGAGGUUGGAGUGUGGACAGCAGAGAACUGAACCAACCACUGAUCGUUCUGUUGAAAUGACGACGCCACAGGCAGCAAAGGCUGAUGGGAGUCAGAGGUCUGGACUCGUCUCUAGAACGUGUGAACACGACCUAAAAAUGUUACAUCUACGUCUGAAAGGAAGAUGUUUCUCAUUAAAAUCUAAAGAUCUAUUUUGAUUUUUACUGUCAAUGUGAAAAACGGUUAAAUUUAGAGAUUUAAAUUAUGAGGUUGGAACGACUCUAUACGACAUUAGGCUGUUUCAUUGUAGUUGAUCAGGAAGUGAAAAUUCAAGUCUCUAGUUGUUGUUAAUUAUUAUUAGUUGGUAAUUUGUGUUUCAAAAUUGAAAGCUGGUGCCUUCACAUUUCACAUACAGGGACUCGACAACAUAUUGACUACAAACAUCUGUCCUCAGGUUAAAACGUCCGUGUAGAAAAUAAAAGUAAGAAACGUCCCAAAGUUCAAAACUAAUUAUUUUAAUCCAGACAAAGAGGAAGCUGAGAAUCUAGUGUAGAUUUUCCAGAUUGUGAUGAAGGAAAAUAUAUUAUAAUAGAUUAAUUAUAAUAUAACAUGCCAGAAAAUAAAAUGUUAAGUAAUAUCUUAACAGGUCAGUUUGUCACUAGUUUUGAAGGAUGAAUAAAUAAGUGUUGACGACUAGAACAACGUGACAUUUUGACGUAAGUGAGUAAACUUUUUGCCGUCGGGCGACGAGUGAACUAAGUGUCAGUAAGUAAUUCUGUUGAAUCACUUCUAGGUUGAGUUUUUAAUAUGAAGCUGCUUUAAAAGCAGCAAUAACUGUUCUCAUGGAUUCAGAGACGUCCAGACCUGGAGUCGAAGCUCUGAUCGGUCGGUUGCUGCCUGAGCGUUGGUCCAGUGAAGCAUCACAUCACUGUGAUACCUCCAGACUUCUAAUAACUACGUGUGUGUGUGUGUGUGUGUGUGUGUGUGUGUGUGUAAAUAGCUGAAAGAAGAAAACUAUUUGAGAAUACAAAGGCGACACUGCUGUCUGGCAUUUUGUAUUUAAAUUAUUUAUUUUUGUAGAUUUUGACCGAUGAGCUCCGCUGUUACAGCUGUCGCAGUCGUGCUCUUUCUAUUAAAAUAAAGAUUUCUAAGAGACUAAA